AUGCUUGCCGCUGCCGCCCCCGUGCCUCCCCCCUGGAGUCUUGCCACUGCCGCCACGCUGGGCUGCGCCGCGCUGUUGAGCUGCUGGGGCGCUGUGUGGGUGCGGGUGCGGGGGCGGCGCCGCGGUGGGUGGGGAUGUGAGGGGGGAGUUGUUGGGGUUGCUGGGGUGUGUGUACUCGCCGAUAUAGCACUCGCAGGCGCCCGCGUGCGGCGCGGCGACGGACAGGCGCGUGAGGUGCUGCUCUGGACUGCAGCGCUGGUGCAGAGUCUCGGCACCGGUGCUGUGAAAGUAGGUGUCGGUGUUGGAGUACUCCGCGCUGCGGGACGGCGGUGGCAUCGCCAGGUCGUGGUGGCUGUUGUUUCCCUCACGGCCGCAACCGCACUCCUCCACACCGGCACCACGCUUCUCUUCGCCGGCCCCAUCACGACUUCCUGGCGCACUACCGACUCGGGCGCGUCGUGGGCACUUCUGCAUUUCGUCGCCAGCGCGCUCGACGCGCUCACCACGGUGCUAGUCGCGCUGCUCCCGCUGCCACUUCUGCGGCCCAUCUGCGACUUCAGACACAUCGCCACGCUGGCGGCGGUGAGCACGCCGGCUGCAGCCGCCACCAGCGCGGCAGUCCUGCGUUCAUAUCUGCUCUACGGCGCGUGGCGGACCGAGCCCUCCACCCCUUCCACCACCUUGACAACAGCCGCCCUUCCCACCCUCUGCUCCUCCAUCGCACUCACCACCGCCCUCCUCGCCGCCUCGCUCCUCUCCCUCCUCGCCUCCCUGUCCACGCGCCCCAAACACCCCUCCGCCCCCUCUUCUCCCCCAGCGUCGCCACAUUUCUCGCACACCAGCACCUCCGCCCUGGAUCUGGACGCGGCCGCGCAUCCAGCGGCGCCGUACGUACACCCCUCGGCGUCAGCGUCGUGCGAUACCGUGGUCCGGCGGCCGGUGGGGAGUCACGCGCCGUCGCUGUCGCUGAGUUUAUCGCUGCUGACGCUGCGGUUUCACGACGGGGAGUCUGGAGUGGAUUUUGAUAUCGCGGGGGUGGGCGGGAAGGACGACGAUGGGAAGGACGACGACAGGACGAACGAGGAACACCAGGACAAGGGUCUUGAAACCAGGGACACGCAGACGCCGGACGCGGCGAGCGUGGCGAACAGCCGGGAUGCACGGAGAUCUGAUGGCGGCGCAGAGGCGAAGCGCGGUGCGAGCGACAUGGCCGAGAUCAAGGCCGAUGACAUCUACGCGCUGCACACGUAUCCGCGCACCCAGCGGCGCUCGGGCGUCGGUUCGUACGACAUCUCGCAGCGCUCGUCGCAGCGGCGGUCCGUCGCGGAGCCGCGGCGGGUGUCGGGCGUUGAGUCGCAGCGCCCGUCCACCCUCGACCCCCAGCGCCUCUCCCAAGGCGCCUCCCUCCACACCUCCAGCGCCUCACCGCGCAGCGUCUCCGUAGUCGCCUCGCACACCGCAUCGCAGCGCCUGUCGCAGCGCGCCUCUGUCGUCGAGCCGCAGCGCCUCUCGCAGGGAGCGUCACUGCGCGCUCCCGUCGUGUCGCAGCGCCACUCUACCACUGACGCACACGAUACAGCACAGCUGUCGCAGACCGUGCCGCCUCACGCGCACACCAGGCCUCCGUCGACGCCCUCCCCGGCCCCGGUGUUUUCGCGGCAGCGGUACUACGCCACGCCGGCCGUGAUGGCGUCUUUGCAGGAUGCAUCGCCUGCGUCGCGCAGCAGUGGCGGCGAGCGGGGCGUGUGAGGCGUUGGAUCGUGGAUCGUGGAUCUUGGGCUGCGGAAUGCUUCUCAACUCAGCUUCUCGUGGCGUGUAGAUGUCCUGUCGAGAUGUCCAUGUCCAGAUGCGCGGUCUGGGCAAGAGCGAGGCCAAGGCGUUCUGGAUCCGGAACUCUGGGGACGAGGAAUUCUGUGGACGAGGGGUUGGAUGAUGCGCGGUGCGGGGUCCGGCAGCCAGACCCUGGUCUGACAGGAGGGGUUGUGGAGAAGGGUCUAAAGGGCUCGAGGAGAAGGGUCCAGAGAGAAGAAGGUCUAACAAAAAGGGUCUGAAAGAAGGGUCUGAAAGAAGGGCCUUGGCUAAAGUUUUUCUAGUAGCUAGCACUUAUCUAACAUACUUUAGUUAAAUUGUAAUUAUCAUCUCUACUUUUUUCUCUAGAAGAGUC